AAAUAUUUUACAACGCAAUCAAACGAACCUCACACUCAAGUAACAUAACCUCAAAAAUUCUAACCUCCAUACAAAUGGCACACAAAAUAAUCCAAAAAUUAGGAGUAAAUUUGCUUUCCGAAACAAAACUAGGCGUAUUUUCUCCAAUAUUAAACUAUCAACAAGUAAGAUACAGAAGAACUAAACAUUGGAACCCCAAAUGGAAAUUGUUCAGAAAACUAAAAGUGAUCAAAAUCGAUCUGCCGAAAUACAACGAAAAAUUUGAAGAUUUAAGUGAAGAAGAAGUUCGUUCUAAGUUAAAAGAACAAGGUUUGUUACCACCAAGGCCAUGGGUUGAACGUCAAUUUCAUUUGAGUUGUACUGGGGGAGUAUUUGAACCGUAUGUUCCUCCAGAAGGUGAUGGAAAAGUUUCUGUAAUAACUACAGAAGGAGCUAAACAAAACAUAGAACUUUUAUCAAAGAAAACUCGUUCUAUGAUGGCAAUCAGGAAAAUACGUUCAUUUGAAGAAGAGUUUGAUACAACCAUUUUUUGUAAACAAGCAAAUGAUAUUUAUAUUAAAUCUCAUCAAGCUUUAAUGAGUGGAGAUAAGAGAAUUUUAAGAGAACUUGUAACAGAAAGAGCUUACCCAGAAAUAAGACAUAACAUUUAUUUAAAAACCAUCGAUUGGAAAUUUAUUAAAGAAAUUGAACCUCCUAGAAUUGUACAUGCUCGUUGUACUGAUAUUAUUACAAAAGAAAAUAUUUUUGCUCAAGUUACAGUUCGAUUUCACACCCAACAAAGCUUAGCAAUUUAUGAUCGCUUUGGUCGACUUAUGCAUGGUAGCAAAAUUAUUGCUAAAGAUGUUCUUGAAUAUGUAGUCUUUGAGAAACAUUUAGCCAAUGAAUAUGGUUCUUGGAGAAUUCACGAUAAAAUAAUACCUGAAUGGAUGCCUCCAAAGGAACCUUCUACUGUUACAUUUAAACAGAUUGCUGAAGUUGUUAGUACUAAAGAAGUUGAGGAAAAGGAAAAAGAGGUUGUUGUCACAGAAAAAAGUGAUGUAAAAGCAAAAGUAGAAAUGUAAUUCGUAUUUAGGUUGAGAAAUAAAGUUUAAUUAUAACAUA